AUGGCGAACGUGCGGGACAGCGACAUUUCUCUGUGGCUACACAAUAAGCUUGGAACAUCGAACGAUUCGUGGAUAAGUGGCUCAAUCACAUCUCAAUUGAACAAAGAAGUGUUACGGAAUAUCAAGGAGUGUUUUCCAGACUUACAGACUCAGGUCAAGCUGAAACUGCUGCUCAGUUUUUUCCAAAUUCCGCGACGGAUCGUCGAAGAGUGGAAGACUGAAUUGGAGGAGGUGAUUGAAGUUGCUGGUCUUGACUCGGAACUAUGGGUCUCAAUGAUAGCGGAAACGAUAAAAACGCUUCCGACGACCGGUUCACUGAAUACAGAGAUCUCAGACUACGAAGAGACUCGACCUAUUUUUACAGACAUGGUAAACGAACUGCGCCGGCUGGUGGUGAAAAAUGCGGAUCUCGGCAUGUUGCCGCUCGAGUGCCAGUAUUUGAACAAAUUAACCCUUGUGUCCGUCGUCGGACAGCAGGCAACACCGGUGAAACAUUUUACGUUGAAACGUAAACCAAAAAGUGCGGCCUUACGCGCGGAGCUGAUCCAAAAGUCUACCGAUGCACAGAGUUGCCUGAAGAAGAUUUCAGCACCGACAGUGCCUUUGCGGUCGCGGGGGAUCCCUCGAAAAAUGACCGACACAACCCCGCUGAAAGGAAUUCCAUCACGUGUGCCAACCGGUGGUUUUCGGUCUCCUCCGACCACGCCUGGUCAGUCCCGACCCACCAUGAGCCGUACGCCAGCUGGCAGGAAGGAUGGCGGUAUCAAGCUUCUUGAGAUAGGAGAGCAACCGCUAGGAUAUGCGGCAGCUAAGAAACGAAAACGAGAACAAGAAAAGGAAGAGCAAGCAAAGAAGGUCGCCGAACAGCAGACUCAAAGUACGACCGACGUGAAACCAGCCGCUACGACACCAACUACGUCGUCCCCGACGAUUACAACGACGCCGGAUUAUGCGGCUGGUUUGACGGCGCCCUCAACAGUGUAUAGUCAGCCAGCAACCCCAAUGCCCGCCACCUCCGGCAGCAAAGAUGCACCUUCCAGCAUUAUGUCAUCUUCCAUUGCUAAUCCUGCGCAGGCUCAAGUUCAGUCGUCAUCGCAACAACAACAGCAGCAGCAGCAGCAGCAACAACAACUAACGCCUCAAUCGCAACAAACGCUACAGCCACCACAGCGACAGCAGCAGCAACAAACAUCGCAGCAACCGCUGCAGCAACAACAAACGCCCACGCAAACAACUCUUGCGGCAACGGAGGAGGAAGAAGUAGAAAUGAAAGAUAUAGAUACGGAGUCUAUCAGCUUAACAACGCCUACUUCGAUAGCGGUCAGCUCUAUGCCAAUUGUUAGUUCGGCACCGCCCCCACUGGCAUAUCCUGCCACAAAAACUCUUUCUGCGACGGUCAUUAAAACAGAUGCUACCGGUGUUGCUGCUAGUGCUGUGGGGAAUACGAUUGUUUCGUUAUCGCAGCCGCCAUCGUUGGUACGAACGGUUCCAUUAGCUACGAAACCAACCAAGACAGUACUACAAACGCAACCGACACUAACCGGAGGCGUGCAGAUAAUUCAAAAAUCAACUGGAAAAUCGAUCAGUGCGGCUGCCGCAGCCGCUGCAGCGGUUACGAGCAGCAGUAACACCAACUCCCAGUCGAAGAUUGAAAUUAUAUCGUCAGAAUCGAUCGUACCCGGUGCGCUCCAUGCGUCUAUUCCAAAAUCGACGACCAUCAUCAAUCGUGGAGGAAAUAUUUUGUUCACCACUAAACAGGUUCCAACGGGCACGGCGACGACAUCCGGCGGUGCCACUAUUAUACAGCAGAAAGCACCACUUACCUCUUACGUGCUGAAUACGACUUCACCCGGAAAGCAGCUCAAUAUUCAACGGAUAGUUUCGAAUGUAAACUCUACGGGUACGCCUACUUUAACUACGACCAUCCCACGAACUCAGCAGCAACAGCAAUUGCUUCAACAGCAGCAGCAACAGCAAAUCCAAGUACAAGGACAACAGGGUCUCUCUCAACCGACUAGGAUUGUGCAGAUUAAAACGGCUCCAACCGUGUCACUGAACAACAGCCAGUUAAUGCAAAAUAUUCCACCGCUAAUUUCAACGCAGAUCCCUGCGGGUUCGGCACAACCUACGAUACUGAAUAUUCAGCCAGUGCAACAGCAGCAAAAUCAGCUUCAAAUUACCCCCACUGCUGUUCCGCAGAAGCGAACUAUCACAAUAACGGCACAGAACCCUCCCUCGGCCGCGAUGACACCCUCGGUAGCCCAAAUAUUGCAGCAUCAGCAACAGUUGCAGCAGCAACAACAACAGCAAGCGUUACAAGCAACCGCAGCUGCAGCUGUUGGUCAGCAGCCAAAAUACACGCAAGUUGUAGUGCCACCGAACGUGAAAGGAAAUACGUUCUACGUCACGAACGCUGCCAAUGUAUCAAACGUGCUUAACCAGAAAGGAGUUAUCAUACAGACGGUGGAUGCGUCGGGUAAUACGGUGUAUCAGCAGAUUCCGCUUCAAAAUGUGUCGGGAUUGGGUGGGACUACAAUUUUGACCGGGCCGCCUGGAUUGAUCAAAACUGAGCCGGACUCAAAGAUGAGUCAAAUUCCUGCACUCGUCCCUACUAGCUCUUUGCACCAAAAUAUUCCAGCCCUAACGCCCGUCGUUAUACAACCCGCCUCAGGGCAACAGCAAGGUACCACCACCGUGGUACAGCAGCAACAGCAGCAAACUGCUACGAUUCCGGCGUUGAUAACAAACAUUACCCAGCAACAGGUACAGCAGCAGCAAUUGCAACAACCACAAGUAAAGCAGCAAGUGAUUUUCCGUCCGGUCGGUGGAGCGAACAAUGUGCAAACGAUGCUUCCGCAGGGUAUAACGCUCAUCCAACGGCCGGGCGGACAACCGAAGUUGGUGCAAACAAUCCAACAGUCAACAGUUGCAGGGCAACAGCAGCAGAUACUAAAAGCGGCCGCAACAGCGGGCCAGGCAGGCCAGCGAACGAUAAUAACGCAAAUUCCACAACAACAGCAACCCCAGCAGCAACACACGAUUCAAUUCCAAGCGCCGGGAACACAGCGGACAGGCGGUACGACCAUUCAGCUUGUCCAACAGCCUCAGCAGCAGCAGCAGCAGCAGCAAACCCAGCAGAUACAAGUACAACGCACUCAAGUGAGACAAGUCCAGCAGCAGCAACAACAACAACAAGGAACGACAGUGACGAUCCAACAACAAGCACAGGGAGGUGGUCAGCAACAAUCGCAGCAGGGACAGCAACAGCAACAACCUGGGGCACGGAAAGGGCUAUCGAUAUCGAGCAAGUAUUACAUGGAGGCGCACGACAUGUUCAAACGGGCCAAUUGUGUGUCAAGGUUGGAAAAAGCUAUAAUUAUUGGCUUCAUGGCCGGUUACCGAAACAAUCCACGACCCUCUCCAGAGAAUAUUGUCACCAUUAAGCUAAACGAAAGUAUUGAAAAAGUACAUCAGGACGACAGGACGGCUUUAAUGCUUGUUGAGUCGCUCAUAACGUUGGACUAUAACUCGGGUCAGUGGAAAACAUUCCGAAAGUAUCGUGAGGUAGACCAGGCCCAGCAGCUGGCCGAGGGAAUCAGCGGUGAAACGACCGCGUCGAGCGGUGCGUCCAGUGCGCCAUCCGGUGGUAGCGGAGCGGGAGGGACGGCUUCUGCUACCGGUCAGCAUAACUCGGUAGUUAUUUAAUAUUUAGCAUAGAGUGCACCAAAAAUAGUAACAAGCGGUAACAUAU